UGAUGUAAGAUUAACUAUAAUUGAUUUAUUGCGACAUUUAGAAUUUUUUCUUGAAACUCACCCUGAUACUUCUUUGAGCGAAUGUAUGGUGGCAAAUUCAAUUAAUUUUAAACUUCAAGAAUAUUGGGAGUGUGUUGAUGAAUCAACAACAAUUGGAGCUUUGUUAGAUCCACGAUCUAAGACUAAGACUUUUAAAGAUAUUAAUAAGCGUGAUAGAGCUAUAGCACUUUUGCAUAACAGAAUGGAAUUAUAUAAAAAUGAUGCUCAAUCUACUAAUAUAAAUUUACAAUCAAAAGAAAACAAACGGUCAUUUUUUGAAUCUUUAAUUUCCGAACAAAAUUCUGAACAAGUAACUGUUGAAGAUGAAAUUACUCGAUAUUUUGCAAUUCCAGUUGAUCCUAAUACAAAUUCGUUAGAUUGGUGGCACCAUUUUGGUAAAGAUUUUCCAAUUCUUGCAAGUAUGGCAUUAUGCUAUUUAAGUGUUCAGGGUUCAAGCGUGCUUUCAGAACAGGCUUUUUCUAUGGCAGCAAAUACUAUAACUAAAAUUUGUUGUAAUUUAAAACCAGAUACUGCACGUGCAGUCAUGUGUCUUAAAAGCUGGAUUCAGCAAGUGCGUGACAAAAAUGAAAAAGAACUUGAUAUAGAAAGCUUUUUUCUUCUUGAAAUAUAA